GUACAUCCAGUGAACGCUGUGAUUUUGAGUUUGACCUUUGUUCCUGGGAGCAGGCACAGGACGAUGACUUUGACUGGACUCUGAAACCUAGUAGCCUUCCAGCUAUAGGCACAGAGCCAGCUGCUGACCAUACCUUGCGAGAUUCUUCUGGUCAUUACAUCUUCAUCAAGAGCUUGUUCCCUCAGCAGCCCAUGAGAACAGCCAGAAUUUCAACCCCAGUUAUAAGUAGAAGAAGCAAAAAUUGCAAGAUAAAUUUUUAUUAUCACAUGUAUGGAAAUGGCAUUGGGUCACUCGCCUUGAUCCAGGUAUCAGUCUCAAAUCAAAAGAAGGUUCUACUAAAUCUUACUGCAGAACAAGGCAAUUUCUGGCAGCGAAAAGAACUCUCACUGUCUAGUGAUGAGGACUUCCACCUUGAAUUUGAAGGUAGAGCUGGGAAAGGCCACCGUGGUGACAUUGCACUGGAUGACAUUGUGCUUACCAAGAGUUGUCUGUCAUCCCAUCACUCCAUGAGAGAAAAGUGUUCCUUCUAA